AUGGAAACAACAAGCCAAGUGAGCAAAGAAGAAGAAGAAGAAGAAGUGAAAGGGGUAGUGGUUCAAGAAGAAGAAGCUCACCCUUAUGCCUUUCAUGUCUCUGGCCCUCGCAAUUUGACUACCCUUAACUGGAGAGACCUUAUCAGUUCUAGCUGGAAGGAUGCAAAUUAUAAAAGAACUGUCAUUGCAUGCUUUAUACAAGCUGUUUACUUGCUUGAACUUGAUAGACAAGAGAAUCGAACACAAGAAAAUGCUCUUGCUCCAAAUUGGUGGAUUCCCUUCAAGUACAAGCUCACACAAACAUUGAUUGAUGAAAGAGAUGGAUCCAUUUUUGGUGCAAUACUUGAAUGGGAUAGAUCUGCAGCAAUGGCUGACUUAGUAUUAAUUAGACCAAGUGGUGCCCCAAGAGCUGUUUUAGCAUUAAGGGGAACAGUACUCAAGAGCCCCACAAUGAGAAGAGAUAUUGAAGAUGACCUUCGUUUUCUUGCAUGGGAAAGCUUAAAGGGUUCUGUGAGGUUUAAGGUAGCUUUGAAUGUUCUAAAAUCUGUUUCUGACACAUAUGGAAGCAGUAAUGUUUGUAUUGCAGGGCAUUCCUUAGGAGCUGGUUUUGCUCUUCAAGUGGGAAAGGCAUUAGCAAAAGAAGGCAUUUAUGUGGAGACACAUUUAUUUAAUCCACCUUCUGUUUCAAUAGCUAUGAGUCUCAGAAAUAUUGGAGAAAAAGCUGAAUUGGUUUGGAAGAGACUUAAAGCUAUGUUUCCUUCUAGUGAUGGUGAUGAAGCUCAAGCAAGCAAUGAUGGGGACAAGAGUUUGAGCAAUAUAGGACUCAAGAGUUGGAUACCUAGAUUACCUAGCUUGAAGAAUGGUGGUUUUGGGGUGGGAAAAUGGGUUCCUCAUUUGUAUGUAAACAACAGUGACUAUAUUUGUUGCUCUUAUACUCAACCUGAUGGUUCAGAAGAUAAAGGUGUUGCUGACAAGGAAAAUGUUGCUCCAACAAAUGAGCAACAUUUUGCAGCAAAGUUGUUUGUUGUCACAAAGGAAAAGCAGAAGUUUCAUGAAGCUCAUGGGUUGGAACAAUGGUGGUCAAGUGAUGCACAACUUCAGCAGGCUAUACAUAAUAGCAAACUCAUAAGCAGGCAACUUAAAUCUUUAUAUACUACAAGUGGUUCUUCUUCUCAAGUUAUGCAGGGGAAGCCUCGAUAA